GAGCGGCAGCGCGGCUUCCGUCGGCCCGGCCGGCGCCUGAGUCCUGUCAUGGCGGCGGGCUGAGGCGGCCUUUCUUUCCGGCUUCCCGUGGCCUCGGGCUGUUUCCGCGCGCGUCCGCGGCCAUGUCGGCGUGCGAGGAGGCGCAGAAGUGGGCGGCGGGAGAGGAGCCGUGCUUCUCCACGCCCACGCCGCCCUCGCGGCUCGCACUGGGCCUGGGCCUCGGGGAGGAAGGCCCGGCCGGGCUGGACGUCAGCGACUUCGGGUGCCACCCCGCCGCCGCCUCGUCCUCCUGCCACCGCACGGACCCGCUCCGGCGCCUCCACGCCCACCGGUGGAACUUGACCUCAUGCGGCACAAGUGUAGCAAGUUCCGAAUGCAGCGAAGAGCUCUUUUCUUCCGUUUCGGUCGGCGACCAGGACGAUUGUUUCUCCCUGUUGGACGACCAGGAGUUGACGUCCUUUGACUUGUUUCCAGAGGGGAGUGUCUGCAGCGAUGUCUCUUCCUCCAUCAGCACGUAUUGGGACUGGUCAGACAGCGAGUUUGAAUGGCAGUUGCCUGGCAGUGACAUUGCAAGCGGAAGCGACGUGCUUUCGGACAUCAUACCCAGCAUCCCAAGCUCACCUUGCCUGCUUCCAAAAAAGAAAAACAAACACCGGAAUCUCGAUGAACUCCCAUGGAGUGCAAUGACUAACGAUGAACAGGUUGAAUAUAUUGAGUAUCUGAGUCGCAAAGUCAGCACAGAGAUGGGGCUUCGAGAGCAGCUGGAUAUUAUUAAAAUCAUUGACCCCACUGCUCAGAUUUCUCCAACAGACAACGAGUUUAUUAUCGAACUCAACUGCCUGACUGAUGAAAAGCUGAAACAGGUCAGGAAUUACAUCAAGGAGCACGGCCCUCGGCAGCGGUCGGCGAGGGAGAACUGGAAGCGGAGCGGCUACAGCUGCGGGAGUGCCAGCGGGGUCAGCGGGGCCAGUGCCAGCAGCAGCAGCGCCAGCAUGGUCAGUUCUGCCAGCAGCAGCGGCGGCUCCAGCGCCGGCCACUCGGGCUCCAACUCCAGCGCCAACAUGAGCCGGGCCCACAGCGACAGCAACCUCUCCACCAGCGCCGCCGAACGCAUCCGGGAUUCAAAAAAACGUUCUAAGCAACGCAAACUGCAGCAAAAGGCUUUGCGCAAGAGGCAGCUGAAGGAGCAGCGGCAGGCCCGGAAGGAGCAGCUGAGCGGCUUGUUCCUCAACGAGGAAGUCCUUUCUCUCAAAGUGACUGAGGAGGACCACGAAGGAGACGUGGACGUUUUGAUGUGAGAGGAAGCGGGUGGUCGUUGUCGGCGUUCUUUCUAAGCCUUAAACCCUAUUCAUAUUUUUUACGUGCGUACGCCUAUUCCAAACUUUCGGUUGGAGUUGGGACUCGCUGUUGCGUCUCUCCUACAUCGCUCGGUUUUGUUUAUGUUAAAAGAAUUGAUUAUUUUCCCCAAUUGAUAAAAGAGAGGGUAUUCUUUAAAAAAAAUCCAGGCUAAUCUAGUUUGCUUUCAAGUGUUGGCAUAUUCUGUUUAAAGCUUCAGUCUGGGAACAUUGGAGAACGGAUGUGUUUCUUGGAUCAAAAGGUCUCUGCUGUCUGGCCUCCAACUCAUUUAGGACUGUUUGCAGGAAUCACUAACAUCUUUUCUCCUUUGCUGUUGGGAAUAUAUCCAAGCAUUGUGCUGCAGGGAAGUCCUUUAGAGAUGACCGCUGGCCAUCUAAUGAAUGCAUGACUUAGGAAAUGUCAACAAAACAUCCAGUAUCUGCAAUGUAUAGUGAUCUGCAAGGGUCUCUUGUCAAACCAGCAUUUUUCUGCUUGUUGAAGGCUUUCAUGGUUGGAAUAAUUGUGCUUUUUUUGGGCUGUAUGGCCACAUUUUAGAAGCAUUCUCUCCUGACAUUUCAUCCACAUCUAUGGCAGGCAUCCUCAGAGUUUGUGAGGAUGUCUGCCAUAGAUGUGGGUGAAACGUCAGGAGAGAAUGCUUCUGGAACAUGGCCAUACCCUGGAAAACUCACAGCAACUCAUUUUUCUGCUUGUUAGGAAGUGGAAAAGCUAUUUGAGAUUAUUAGUCAGUGCUGAGCCUGGAGGGAGGGUCGUUGCAUUAUAAUGUGCAAUCCUGAUUUAGUAUGAUAAAGAAAUGGUAAAGCAUGCCUAGUAGAAAAAAAUCACAUUUUUCUCCCUGUGCAUAGAUGUUUUUUCCCGUAGUUUCAUGGUGCCUUAACAUUAUUUGAGACGUUUAAAUGGAGAAAAAAAAACAGAUUAAAAGGAAAAGAAAGCAGAUCCUUCACAAAGUGUUUAUUAACCCAUUCACAUUUUCAAAAAGAAAAAAAGCCUAGCUGCUGUCUUACAAACUUGCCUGGUUUCUGAUUUCGUAAAUAGGAGUCUUGGAUUUUUAAAAAGCUGAUUUCAUUCCCAUGCAAUCCUCUCGUGCUUAAUUUAAAGCAAAUCGCAGGUAGGCUACGUCGAAAUUUUGCUGCCUAAAAUUCAGUGACAAAUCUUUUUAAGCAUUUGAAGCCGCCCGGGAUUCUGGCCGCUCAACACUGUUUUAAUUUUCCAACUACUUGGAGUUUUGUUCAUGUUUCUGUUAUAAUUGGUAAAUGUGCACCAAUGGGACAUCGGUUACCAGUCCACAUUGUCCAAAAUAGACGUAAGUGGCUUUGUGUCGUGUGGCUUUCUUUUAAAAUAUCCGAGCAUUGGCGACUUUUUAAAGAUUUGGGAGCAAAAUUCAAGAUCCAGAUAAGACAUUGUGUUUAGUUUCUGAUUUUGUGUCUAGAGGUGCAAAGGCCUGGGAAAAAAAUGGGAAAAUUGAUUUUUAAAACCCUGAUUUUUUUCCCCCAGGCCUUCCCAUCUCUAUUUGUAUCCUAUUUCUUCAGCCCUUUGUGAUCUAGAUAAGUUGCUUAAUCAAUAUAAAACAGUUGAUAUUUUGUUCUGUUGAGCGUCGGAAAGCCUGAUUGGAAAAUGUUUUUCUCUGAAUAUGGAUAUCUGUUUAUGUUUUUGUAAGUCUCUGCGUUCAGUUUCUCGCUUUUCUAGGAUAGGCAUGGGCCAACCUUGGCCCUUGAGGUGUUUUGGACUGCAACUCCUAUCAUUCCUAACAGCCUCAGGCCCUUUCCUUUUCCCCCUCAGCCGCUUAAGCGGCUGAGGGGGAAAAGGAAGGGGCCUGAGGCUGUUAGGAAUGAUAGGAGUUGCAGUCCAAAACACCACGAGAGCCCAAGUUUGCCCAUGCCUGUUAUCAAAACUCAUUUUCAAGCAGCUGCAAACCGAAGUCAAUGAUAUUAUAUUCCGAUUCUUUAUCCAAUUCGUGACAUUUUUGGUUAUUAUUAUUAUUAUUUUUCUACAUGAUGAUCAAAGAAAAUCUGUAAAGUUUUCCAGAAAAUAAUAAUAUCUCUAUCAUAGAAAACUGUGUAUAUAUAUGAAUGUAAAAUCCUUAUAAAGGCUGGUGAACAGUAGUUGUAGAAAAUCUUAGAGCGCAUUAUUUCUUAUUGACGACGACAACAACAACAAGAGCUAUUUACUCAUAUCUUCUUCUUCCCUUUGGGCAGAGCAAUAGUUGGCACAUUUGCCCCUGAAAAUAUCUUACACAGUGGCCUUAUGGCUGUCAUUUAAACACGACUUUUCAUUCUUUGCUGUGCUUUGCACAAAAAUUUGGGCAAAUUUUCCCAGAAAUGAUGCCGGAGCAGGCCGUGAACAUGACUUGAAUUCUAGUCAUUGUAUUGGCCCGGAACACGUGACGAAGGAAGGAGAGAAAUGCAUGUUUCAAGUAGGUUUUGCGACAUAGUUGAGAAUCACUUAAUAACAGCCAAUGGUAUUGGCGUCCUAAAGAUGACGUAUUUCAUAACCAAAGCAAAAGAGGAGAAUAUAAUCCAGAUGGUUUAAAAAAGAUAUAGAUAGAUAUCUAUAUAUAUAUAUAUAUAUAGAUAGAUAUAUAUUAAAUCUGGACUGUUUUUCCAGAAUUUCUUCUAAGGAAAUGUAUGCUGAAAUGCAAUUGUAAAUACAACUGUUCACUGUACAUUCUGUAUCUAUCUACUUGCUAUAAUGUUAAUAGGAUAUCUCCCUUCUUUCUUUCUCUUUUGAUGUUGUGAAGGAUUUAACAAACAAUUAUAAAAUACUGGCAAAUGUCUUACUCCCUCCCUCUCCCCGUUAAACUCUAAUUGUAUUUGAAGAUAGUCACACAAAUAUGGUAGUUUGGGAUGGCAUUAAAAACGAGACUAACCUAAUGCAA